AUGGGCUGCAUCCCGCUGCAGCGGCUCCUGCAGAGGUCCUCCACGGCGUGCCAGGAGUCCACCAACAAGCUCGCCCUCAGCUUCAACAAGCAGGCCGGCGCGGUGAUCAAGCAGCUGGCGGCGUCGCUGCCCAACGCGACGUUCCAGUUCGGGGACGUCUACGACUACUUCCAGGACACCAUCGACCGGCCCUACAUGCACGGCUUCAACAAAUCCCACGCGCCCUGCUGCACUCUCGGGAAGGUGCGGCCGACGCUGACGUGCACCCCGCUCUCCACGCUCUGCAAGGACCGCAGCAAGUACGUGUUCUGGGACGAGUACCACCCACCGACAGGGCCAACGAGCUCAUCGCCCUCGAGACGCUCAAGAGGCUCAACAUCACCGUCGUCGCCAACACCACCUCCACCUAGCCUGCCUGCCUGACACGCACGCCGCUCACCAAAAUGCAUAUGCUUUCACAUGCAUGGGUGCUGCGUGCUGUGUGUGAUCUUAAUUAUGUGUCUGCUUCCGUCGAUUGUAACCAAUUUGGGACGAUUUUGUCCAUGGAAUGGGAUGGAGAAUAGAUGCA